CUCUCGCUUUUAAGCAUUCCAGACUUCGGAGCGAAUGCGCACAGAUUACAGGAGAAAAUAACCGGUUUUUUUUUUCUCACUGGCGAUUUCUCUGCUGUUUGAAGAUGGACAUUUUAUGUCGUGUUUCUCAAGUCUAAGAAAUUCUCAAGUUGUGGAUUAACUCUUACCUAAUCGAACAUAAAAGAACGAACUGAAACGAAAUGGAAUGUGUACUUGUCAUUUUUAUGCUGAUGACGUGUGCACAGUUUGUCAUGACGUCACCAAGGGGAGGAAUGGAUUAUUAUGGAAAUUCACCAUUAACGGCUUAUGACGUCAGCGGUCACGUGGACAAGAGCGUCACGUUAAAGUGCCAUCUGCAGACAGGGCUGCACGGAAGGGGGUGGUACGUGAUCUCGUGGAAGCGCAUUGGUGAUCACGGCGCCGUGAUCUCUUUGGUCGACUUGCCCGUGCGUGAUAAGAUUCCGGAAUGGGGCAAAGAUUUACCAGCCCAGCUGAAAGCGCGAAUGGUCCCUAUGAUCACCAUACAACAGAGCCAUGUUGAGUUCAAUCUGCUCAUCACCAACGUCACGUGCUCCGAUGAAGGAGAGUUCAGAUGUAUUGCCAUCACGCCUCAAGGGGAGGUCACUGCCGCGGCACAGCUGAGUAUUUAUGCGGAGCCUGGGGCCCCCGAGAUCGUCAACAAAUACAUCCCCGACCGUGAACACUGCAGCAUCACCCUCCACUGUCGGGCCAACAUCGGGUUGCCAGAUAAAAUUCUGGUCUGGUAUACCAAACCUCCAGGAUUCAAUUAUUUCUCGCUUCUGGACAACCAAAGGGACAUAAUCAAAGAAACAGACGGAUGUCAUAUUUGGGGCAUGCGCGCAGUGGAUGUGGCGAUCACCAAUCAAAUGUUUGGGACACACUUCCGGUGUGGUUACCCUGGUUUCAUAGAAACAGAGGGAAUGUUUGACGAAUUAGUGCCCAGCAUCAAUGAUACAGCGGUGGGUGAGCUAAGAAUUAUAUCCAAAUCUGACGCGGGUUGUAGCGAACCUCCUUGUGAGCACAUGCCUUGUCAACCUCUCAUUAGGAACAAGGAAGCAGACGGUGUAACCAUCUGCUGUGAGCCUCCUCAUAGGGCGCGGGCUUUAGAAAACAGAACUGACGUCACGCAGAACUCAGAGCCUGACGGCAAGUCUAGGCAUCCGUCUGAUGGUGAUAAACCGUAUCAUGACACUGACGUCAGAGCUAGCCACGAUGACCCCCACAACAGUACCUCACCUAUCUCAGCGUUACCGACCUUUUAUCUCAUCUGUUACCUCAUUUUAUUCAUCUCAACCGACCUUCUCUAACUAGGUCAAGAACUGACCUGUUUUUAUAAACUGACCUAAAUUUUAUACCUAAGAAA